GCCGAUAAGCUGAAUCGAUUCCCCCCUACUGUACCUCCGGUUUGAUUCCUGUAGGGGUGACACAAACAAGCUUUGUAAUUGUUGACGAAAGCGUGAGUUUAAUGAGGAUAAUGCGCCACUCCGGCGCGGUGUCUGCCCGCGAGGUUCGCUAAGGACGCGCUGCGGUGAUCAGCAUCUGUGUUUGCGAGUGAGGAUGGCGACGCCGGACCUGUUCGAGGAACCAUUUGACGUGGACGAGUACAUCGAGCGGCUGGCUUGGAGGACUCCUGGGGGCGGCACCAAAGGGGGCGUGGAUGGAUUCGACCCGAGGCGGCUUCUGGAGGAGUUUGUGGGCCACAUCCAGGAGCUCAAGAUCCUGGACGAGCGAAUUCAGCGGCGCGUCGAGAAGCUGGAGGCCUCAUGCCAGAAGGAGGCGAAAGAAUACGCGCGCAAGGUGCAGGAGCUGCAGAAGGGAAACCAGGUCGCAUUUCAGCACUUCCAGGAGCUGGACGAGCACAUCAGUUAUGUGGCCACCAAGGUGUGCCACCUGGGCGACCAGCUGGAGGGCGUUAACACGCCCCGGCAGCGCGCUGUCGAGGCGCAGAAGCUCAUGCGCUACUUCAAUGAGUUCCUGGAGGGAAACCUUACGUCUGAAGUCUUCACCGAUCCCAGCAAGAUUCAAGAAGCUGCUGACAUCAUUCAGAAGCUUCAUCUGAUUGCUCAGGAGCUACCCUUUGACAGGUUUUCGGCUGUAAAAUCACGGAUUGCAAGCAAGUACCACGACAUGGAGUGUCAGCUGAUCCAGGAGUUCACGACGGCUCAGCGCAACUCAGACAUCGGGCGUAUGCGCGAGGUUGCUUCCGUGCUGCUGCAUUUCAAGGGGUACUCUCAUUGUGUGGACGUCUACAUCAAGCAAUGCCAGGAGAGCGCAUACCUGCGUGCGGACGUCUUUGAAGACGCCGCCCAGCUGUGCCAGCGGGUCAACAAGCAGGUGGGCGAGGUGUUCUCCUCGCCCGAGAGCGUCAUGGCCCGCCUCGUGCAGAACAUCUACGAGCUGAAGCUGCAGACUUAUGUGCGAGAGAGGCUCGAGGAGUGCCGGAAGGCCGAUGCAGAGCAGUACCUCACCAAACUGUAUGACCUGUACUCACGCACGGCAGGCCUGUCACACCGGCUGGCGGAGCUGGACCUGGGCACGGAGCCGCACGCAUACCUGGCCAAGCUGACCAAGGCCGUGUUCCAGCACUACCUGGAGAGCUACAUCGAGGUGGAGGUCAGCUACCUGAAGAGCCGCAGUGCCACCGUGCUGCAGCGAUUCUACGACGGCAAGAGCCACCACAAGCGGCCUAUUGUCACUGGGGGGAUCCAGGACCUGAAGGAGCGAAUUCGACAGCGCACCAACCUGCCGCUGGGCACGGUGAUCGAGACCCACGGCGAGACCUUCCUCUCCCAGGAGGUGGUGGUCACGCUGCUGCAGGAGACCAAGACGGCCUUCGAGAGGUGUCACAAGCUGUCGGACCAAUCGGAUCUCCCGAAGAAUGCGGUGAAGAUUUUCUACAUCCUCGUAGACUUCCUGUGCGUGGAGCACAUCGACUACGCCCUGGAGCUCGGCCUCUCGGCAAUCCCGUCACCCGAUGCGAAGAACGCCAACCUGUACUUCCUUGACGUCGUGCAGCAGGCCAAUACUGUCUUCCACCUCUUCGACAAGCAGUUCAGCGACCACCUCAUGCCCCUCGUCAGUGCCUCUCCCAAGCUGACCGAGUGCCUGCAGAAGAAAAAGGAAGUGAUUGAGCAGAUGGAGCUGAAACUAGACAAUGGCAUUGACCGGACGCUAAACUGCAUGCUUGGCCAGACGAAGCAGAUCCUCAAUACGGAGCAAAAAAAGACGGACUUCAAACCGGAGGACGAGAGCGUAUUCCAGAAUCAGUACACCAACGCGUGCGUGAAGGUGUGUGCGUAUGUGCGAAGCCAGGUGGAGCGUAUCCGCCAGUCGAUGGAUGGCAAGAACGUGGAGACGGUGCUCACGGAGUUUGGGCUGCGUUUGCACCGUCUCAUCUACGAGCACCAGCAGCAGUUCACGUACAACUCUACGGGCGGCAUGCUGGCCAUCUGCGACCUCACAGAGUACCAAAAGUGUGCCAAGGAGUUCCAGAUUCCCCUGGUGCUGCAGCUGUUCAACAGCCUGCAUGCGCUGUGCAACCUGCUGGUGGUGGCGCCCGACAACCUCAAGCAGAUGUGCUCGGGGGAGCAGCUGUCUGCGCUCGACCGCUCCGUGCUGCACGCCUUCGUGCAGCUGCGCGUCGACUACAAGUCGGCUCGCCUCGGCCGCCACUUCAGCUGAAGCCCCUGCUCCCAGCUGCCUGGACCACACCGCACAGGUUGCCCACUGCAGCCGCGAGCCCCUUGGACUGAACCACCUGGACCACUUUAAGAGCCUCGAGAAUUACGUCGAGUCUGACACAAGAGGAGGAUGAGGGGCCUCCGACGUCCUGAUUUUGUGCACCGCGCUGCACCUGAGGGUGCGUUAAUGGUGCAACGUCCCGUUGAGGUGGUGGCAUCGUAAGCAUCUGCCUUCUCUUCUGCCUGUCAACUUUAGCUUGUACGCUUGCGCUUACGAUUGGUCUCAAGCAUGCACACUCCAACAAGGUCGCUCGGGUGAUCGGUCAGGCCUGGCACGUGGGGAAAUGUUUAAACCUUGUCGCAGAUAAAGCUUAUAUCCACUGCAACUUCUUCCUAAGUACCUCCACAGGUGUGGUGAAAAUACCGUAAGCAAUCGAAACGUGCUCAGUCUGAGUUGGUUCAAGCUGGGAUGACUAAGUCGACCACCUGCAAUACAUUGGUAUUAUUUACAAAAUGAGGAAGCAGCCUGAUGGAAUGUAUUUAAAUUAAGUAGAUUAUUACGUUGCAUUGAAUAAACACUAAAAGCUUUUUGACCAUCUACAAAUGUUGCAUAUGUCGAGUGAAUUUGCAAACUUCUGUUCACCGUUUCUGUGUCACAGCGUUUACCAUUGUAGUCGAAUACACUGUCAACGUCACCUCACAGUUUUACUCUCGAUUCACCGUUUUCCACUGAAUUUACGCAAUUAGAAAUUGCUGCAUGACUAUCAGAAUCAUACUCGUAAUUAGUUUUUUUUGUUCUAAACUGUGCACAUCUUUCUUUAUCGUGUUAUAAUUUUGCAGUGUGUUUCGAGUUGUCCUUGCCAUUGCAAGAAUAAUUAGUAAGCUACACUGGUUGACUGGAAUAUGUGGAUUAAUGGACUUGUAAUAUGGUCGCGUCUUAAUACAGCUUUGAGGAGCCCUGACAAACCAAAGCCAUAAUGCGCUCCAACUGCUUCAGAUUGUCUCUUGAGCUCGGGUUUGCUGAAACCUCGCUUGUGUUUUGCUUUUAUGGCUGUACUGCUUGCUCGUGCCCACAUGCUCCGUUUCCUUCGCAACAUUUCAAAGAAUAGUAUUGUUUUUGUAUCACGCGAAUGUAACGAACUGAACUUCAGUCCAGCUGGCUAAAGCAGUGGUGGGCUCCCCUCUCCCUGACCGAGGGCUCAAUCCGACUUUCAGAGACUGUUGACGGUGUCUAUGCGUUAACGCUCGCCUCGGUCGCUGCUAUCACUGUGGGGCGGGGGGGGGUGGAGGCCCUUGCCGUGACAGAAGUUACUGCAACUGCUCCAAUUCUAAACACAAGUGUUGUUGCCAGGUCGAAACGAAUCCCCUCCUAAGAACCAAUUCAAUGUGGCUGCGAUGCAGGCCAUUAUGAUGUGUGAUAGGCCUCAUGUGGCCUUGGGCCAUAUUAAAUGCUUGGCCCACGGGCCGUAGGUUCUUCAUCGCUGGACUAAACAGCCAGUCUGGAUUUCACAUUGCUGGGAGUGGCCAACAGAGCGAAUGGUUGUUCUUUUUUUCCCCCCAACUUAUGAAAGCAUUCACGAGCUGCGAGCCCGCUGUUUGCACAUUGAAACGCACGCUGGAGCAGAGUUAGUUCCCGGCUUGUGGAUUUAAUUUUAAUUGAUUUAGUGUCAUAAGACUGCAAGCUUGUGUUGUGUCAUUACAUUUAUAUAAUCAUUAAAAUUAACUUAAUGUCAAUACGUUGAUUUUGAAAUUUGCCACUGAGACUUCCUGGGUUGCACAAUUACAUUAGUUGUUACAAUACGUUAUAUAUUUUACCAUUUUUAGUCACUUCUGUAUCAGUUGAAAGUGUGUACUCGAGUGACGUGCACUCGUAGUGCCUUGAUCGGUCACAAGACGAUGACAGGUAGUCACAUGGCGAUGCCACCCUUUAAUUAAGACUGGUGUUUUUUAUGUUUCUGCUAAGGAACUCAUCGGAACUAGGAAUAAUACGGGGAUUAAACCUUAAGCAUCAAAACAAAACAUUGCAAAAAAGUCUGCAAACUAUUGGGAAUGUUGGUGUUAAAGAAUUUUAGCAGUUGUGUACUUUUGUUAUUGACAAUGUUGCUGUUGGUUUAAUGACUACUCGUACUAAAACUUAACUUAAUUCACAAUGACACUCCGAGGUAGGCUUGGGCCAUUUACUUGAUAAUGAUAUUUUUGUUCUCAAAUAAUUACAUCAGACGAGAUUAUUUUAUAGCAUUGAAGUUUAGGAUACUCUUGCCAAGGUAGUAAAACCUUGUUAAUACCGCUUCUCAAGUGGAGUACCAUAAUGUGGUAAGCAUGUAAUAUAUACAUGGAGCUUGUUGGAAGUAUACAUUGUAUUAUAACCCUUCCAAGCUGCCAGUAAGCGUGUAAGGCAGUUUCACAAUGAAUAAAACAAAUCACUGAC